AUGUCGUCCCCGCAGAAAUACCCAGGCUCACCAGGAACUACGGCGCCUUUGAAACGUGGCCUCUUCAAGAAUGGCCUUUGGUGUUGUAAUUGCCCAGGCCGGCCGGUUGCCGUCCGUCGCGAAACUAAGAAGCAGGGACCAAACUUUGGGAAAUGGUUUUGGACUUGCGCGCAGCCUUCACACAUCAAAUGCAGCUUCUUCCUGUGGGCAGAUGACGCUACAAUGCGUGAGCAAGCAGCCGUUCUUGCCAACUCUCGAUCCGAACUCGACCCUAUCGCGCUCACCCCAACAAGGCGCACCCCAGGCCGUAUGAACAACGGGCUACUUACUCCACAGACUGAGCGCAGAUUCAUCGAUACCCCGCAACGCAACUUCAAGUCGCCCCCCAAGACAGCUAAGGCCAGAAUGAUCUCAGAAGCGUCAGAUGAGUUUGGCUGGAAUGACGACUCGGAUGAUAAUGAUGAGCUUGUUAAGGCACUCUCUUCCAGCCAGACCGAGAGCUUCAUCUCGCAACCCAACUUCCAUCCGGAAUCCCCGUUCAAGACCCCCCGCACCUCCGCGGUGACCUCACCCGGCAAGCGCAAAUUGGCAGAAGUCACAAAUGAUAAUUAUUCCUACGACCGGUCUACACCCGCGACACCUUUCUCAUCGCGCUCCUCUCGCACCGAUAUGUUCCCUCCCUCGUCUGCGGAAUUAUGCAUGACACCCACGCCCAGCAAGUAUAAAGAUGUCCUCUCUGCAGACUCGAAGUUCGACACCUCGGAUCUAGCAAAGAGUCUACUCGAUAUUCUGGAAAAACAUAGUGUUGUUUUGCCAAACAAAGCGCGAGACGAGGUGGUCUCGCUGCUUAACCGGCAGGAGUUGAAGACGCAGGGGAUUAUCCGUGGGCGGGAUAUGACGCGGCUGGCAUUAAAGCAGAAGGAUGGAGAGAUUAAGAAGCUGCAAGACCGUGUUUCUAAUCUGGAAGCCCAGAGGGAACUGGAUCGUUCUCUUAUUGAGGGCAUGAACCCCUAUUGA